AUGACAUCCCCGGACUACAGUAACCACUUCUCGUUGGCCAACAUCCCGUUCGGCAUAGCAUCAUCUCCGAGGCAUCUUACUCCGCAAUGCGUUACUCGGCUAGAGAAUACCGUCAUUUUCCUCGGUGUGCUUCAACAGUCUGGUGUCUUUGUCAAGAUCUCCGGUCUUCCUGAAGGGGUAUUCAGCAAGUCCACGCUCAAUGAGUUCGCUGCACUUCCAAAGGCUGUCCACCGCGAGGUACGGACUGUGCUGCAGAAUAUCUUGAUUAAGGAAUUGCCUUCAAACAGCACCGAGGAUAUUAGUGCAGUCAUUCUACACCUUCCCGUAUCGGUGGGUGGGUUCACAGAUUUCUCGUGCAGCCUUCACCAUGUCCGAAACGCCGGUCGGGCAAUCCUCAACGACGAAUCCCCACCUCCGGGCUUCUUUAAUUUCCCGAUCGGAUAUAAUGGUCGUUCGAGUACAGUGGUAGUCUCCGGGACUCCAAUCGUCCGUCCAAAGGGCCAUUUCUUUGAUCGGACUGCUACCAGCGAGAAGAAACCGAUUAUAUAUGGCCCAUGCAGAGCGAUGGACUAUGAGCUGGAGGUCGGUGUGAUUGUAGGAAAGGGCGUGCCGAGACAACAGGAGGUCAACGCCAAAGACGCGGAUGAACAUAUCUUCGGAAUGGUCAUUUUGAAUGAUUGGAGUGCCCGCGAUAUUCAAGGUUGUGAGAUGGUCCCACUGGGUCCUUUGAACGGCAAGGCUUUUGGGACGAGUAUCUCCCCAUGGGUGGUGACACUGGAUGCCCUCGAGUCCUUCAAGGUGUCUGGACCAAAACCUGAGGCUGUGCUUGCUAGUCAUUUGGAAGAUGUCUCAGGGUCCGAGUCCAACUAUGACAUCGGAAUGAAGGUGGAACUUUUGAACGAAGGACAGAUUACAACUCUCAGUGAAUCGAACACCCGUGAUCUUCACUGGAGUGGACGCCAGAUGUGCGCCCAUCUUGCCAGUACUGGAGCGGACCUUCAGACUGGUGACAUCUUGGGGACAGGCACAGUCAGUGGACCAACUGACGGCAGCUUUGGCUGUUUGCUUGAAGUUACCAAGGGUGGGAAGGAACCUGUGUUUCUGGCAAACGGCUCGAAGAGAUUUUAUUUGCAGGACGGAGAUGUGAUUCGCAUGACUGCUUUGGCUGGAGCGCCUGGUUCUGGUGUUGGGUUCGAAACCUAA